CUUCGAUACUAUAGCACUUAAUUGAAAAAGAUCCAUAAAUAAUGGAUUUAAAUAAGUCAUCAUCGCGUAGUAUUGAAUGGAAGAUUUAUAAUGUAGUUGAAAAACGCUUAAAAGAAGGAAAAAAGUUGCAAUCAAAUACAUUCGAAAUUAUUAUCGAUAAAAAAGCCACAAAAUGGUAUUUUUUGGCAUCAAUUAAAAACUCAAAGAUUGCAUUCUAUUUGCACAUGCAAAGACCCAAAGCCACUGGAUUUUUAACUAAGCUUGAAAUUUACAUUCCAGCGAUUAGCAAUGAUAAGGAAAUAAAUCUUAAGUUUAUAAAAGAUUAUUCCAUGAUAAAUUACUCUGGAUGGGGAUGGAAGUCUCUGAUUUCUCUUACUGAUUUAUUUGAGAAUCCUCAUGAAUAUCUCAAUAAUGGAACUUUGUCAAUUGGCACAAAGAUUGAACUCAUAAAUGCAGUUGAAGAUGAUGUCAACAAUUCAUCCAUAACAUAUUUCAAACUUAAUGAAACGUUCAAGAUUUAUUUCGAUGAAAAGUUGUUCACUGACAUGACAUUCCUAUGUUCUGACGGUAUCGAAAUUCAGGCACAUCGAUUUGCUAUAUUUGCUUCUUCGUCCGUUUUAAAGAAUAUGAUUAACCUUGGACCAAACAGCAUAAUUGAAGUUGAUGACAUCGAUAGUGAAACAAUGACUGAGAUUUUACGAUACAUUUAUACUGACGAAGUAAAUGACAUUGAUGAUUUUGCACCAAAACUGAUUUAUGGAGCUAUAAAGUAUGAAUUAGAUGAACUGACGAAGCUUUGCAAAGAAACAGUCGCCAAAAAUAUAUCUUUUAAAAAUGCAAUUGAAUAUUUCCUGCUGGCUGAUAAAUUCGAUAUGAAGGAUUUACUGGAUUGUUGCAUUAACUUUAUUAAAACAAACCACAAAGUUUUGGUACAGAACAAACAUGAAUGGGAUAAAUUGGACAAAAAACAUUUAAAUGUCCUUUUGGAUUAUUAUCACGAAAAUGGGAGCGACAUCAUCAUAUUUGAAUCAUCAUUUUAAGGCAUAAAGCAAGUCUCGACAUUUAUUCUGACAUCUCUAUUAAUCCUUAGUGAUUUUAUUAUUGUAAGAAUAUGAAGAAAUAAAGCUACUGCA